AUGUACUCAGGAUCAAGCUCAGCUGAUAGAGAAGAAAAAGCAGACAAGAAGAGACAGAAAGGCUGCAUAAGAAAAGACAGUCCCUCAGCCGGCAAGACUCCCGCUGAACCGCCAACCAGGAAGAUACCUCUACGAGAAAGACUCUUUGGGAAACCGGUGGAUAAGAAGAAGAAGCAAGACCGGAUUUCAAAAGACAGUCCCUCAACAACCAAGACUGCCACUGAAAAGCCAAUCAGUGAGAAACCCAGUGGUGACUCCACUGACAUUCCAGCAGCUGCAACAAGAGCAGCUAAAGGAAAGAAAAAGAUAUAUAAGAAGAAGCAGCAAGACUGGAUCCCAAAGGACAGUCCCUCAACAACCAAGACUGCCACUGAAAAGCCAAUCAGUGAGAAACCUUCAGAGAAACAUCUCUUAAAGAAACCAGUGGAAACGAAAACUGUUUUGAAUUCAGAUGGAGAACAAAGCUCCAUCUCAAGUGCGUUAAAUAUCAGUGAAGGAGACCUGAUCCCCUCCCCCACAACACAUUACGUUGCACAAAAAUACCUUGGCAACGGCGCAUAUGGAAUGGUCACCCAAUGCAGGAAUGUGACCACCGGUGAGACGGUGGCUCUAAAAAUCAUCGAAAGCCUCUGGGACAUUGACUAUGCACAAGUAGAGGAGGUCAUCCUUCAAAACAUGAAGAAGCUCAGCUCAGACAGGUUCAACAUCGUCAGAUUUUACGAGUCCUUCUUCUACAAGGAACAUUACUGUCUUGUGUUUGAGCUCCUGGAUAUGGAUCUGCAGAAAUUCAAACAGAUCAGCCCGGGUCAACACCUUCAGCUGAAGCAGAUUCGCCCCAUUCUGCAGCAGCUAGCUACAGCCUUGGACUUUUUGAACAUCGCAGGGAUCAUUCAUGCAGAUUUGAAGCCAGAUAACAUCAUGCUGGUGGAUCAUGUCAGGCAGCCACUCAAGGUUAAAGUUAUUGACUUUGGCUUAUCCUUUGAUGAUCCUGAGGAAAUGCUCGGUCAAACCCUCCAGACCUUGUGGUACAGGGCUCCUGAGAUUCUGUCUCUAGAUUCUUUCAGCGGGAAGAUCGACGUAUGGUCUCUCGGCUGCAUUGCUGCUGAGCUGUCAAUGGGCACACCGCUGUUCCGUGCCAAGGAUGAGGAAGAUUUGGUCAGUAUCUGCACUUAA